GAAGAUGACUUAUGACACUUAGAUGAAAUUAAUGCAGUUAGUUUGUUGGUAGGAUCUUUACAAUGAGCAGAACAGCCGAUGAGAGCACGUUUACUCUUCAUCUAUUCAAACUGCUGAAGAAUUUACAUUUUUUUCUUGCUUUGUUCUGUUUUAAUCUGUGUAUGGAUGAUGUGAAUGAUUUUGCGAGGGAUGAAAUGAUGACACGAGUGACUGAGAGAGAUUUCAUCAUUCUUCACAAUGAUAUUAAUGAAACGCAGCGAGGCGAUUAUGUUGUAUGGAUGUUUGGGUCUCCAAAUAUUCACACCCCUGAGGUCUAUGAAAGGAUCAUCUCUACCUCUGACAGUUAUGAGGGGUUUAAGAACAAGGAGAGCAGGUCACACAUUAUCUGGAGCUUCAGCGACAGAUACACAGCCACUCAAACUCAACGACAAUUCUUUUCCAGAUCGUAUGUAAGAGUUGAAAAGAAUUGUUCAGUGAUGGAGGGAGAUUCUGUGACAUUUUUCCCCGAUGUUACUGAAAUACAAAGUGAUGAUCUGAUACGGUGGCAAUCUGGUGAUGCAGAUCAUCUAUGUGUAGCUCAACACAAAGAAACGAAAAUGACCAAAUGUGAUGAUGACAGAUUCAGAGACAGAUUUCAGCUUGAUAAUCAGACUGGAUCUCUCACCAUCAGGAACAUCAGCAUAAAAGACUCUGGACGUUAUGAAUUUGCCAUCAUCAGAAAUGGAAACAUAGAAACAUUCAAGCGUUUUAAUAUUAAAGUCUAUGAGUUGACUGACGUUGGGAGAAAUACAUCAGACAAUCCCAUCAGAAACCAGACUCAACAUCUCAACAUCAGUCAAGCACUGGAUGGCCGUUCACGUCUCGUGAAGUCAAUAGCUGUUAUUCUAGCGCUGCUGGUGUUAAUAGCUGUAGUUGCAGGUUUGAUUUACCACAAAAAGUGUAAACAACUAAGAAAUGAAGGCAAGUAUUGGCAUGCAAAAAUUAAACAAGCAAACAAACAAAACGCAGUCAAGUCUAUUAAAUGCAGUUAGGUUUAUUAAAUGUCUGAUUGUUAUUAAAACAGUUCAGGAUGGAGAGAGAGAUACUUUAUGCUGAUCCAACAUUCGGUGCACAUGGGUUUCAGUGUACGGUAAGAUAUAUUGUAUUACUGUGUGAGAAGUGCCUUAUUUCUAUCUGUAAACACCCUCAGCUUCUAUACACUCCUGUAGUCUACAGUGUGUCUGAGCAUGUGCUUACAUGAUCACACUGCUGUGCUUCGAAAAUAAAGAUGUUGUUUUAUAUGAUCCUGUCCUUUGUUUUCAUAAUUCAGUACGACUUGUGUGUUUAAACCUACUAGAUUUUAUUUCUGAUUGUGAUUUUGUUUUCUUGCAGGACAUCGUUGCAGCAGAUCACGCAUAGUAUGUAAUUGUUAAAAUGUGAAUUUAGGAUCCAGCAGACUUUUUUAUUUAUUGUUACACUGUAGGUCAAUGCCAUGACUUGUAGUUCAUGAAUAGUUCUGAAUACUGAACACCUGUCUUCAAUCAAGCACCUCAUUACCAGCAGCAUAUAAGCACACACCUCAGACACCUUCACUGUCUGAUCUCGUUCAUACGUUGAGGACUCUCUGACUUGCUAUACCUACAUUGAGAGUUCUCCCGUCUCUCCCAGGCUCCGGAAGACUGAGGUGUGUGCUUCCUCUCAUGUCCGUUCCAGUUCCUGAAACGAUCAGAUACAAAGAUCAACCACUCAUCCAAGCUCAAGAACUUCUCUACAACAUUACUACUCCCCGUAUUAUUGCCUGGAUUCAUCACCCGAACUCUCUGUGCUUAAA